AUGAAUCCAUCCAGUGUGGGACCAAUAGUGCAGAAAGUUGUGUCAUCCUCAAAUGGGACGGUGAUGAAAAAGCUCAAGCCUCCACCAGCCUGCAUUAUGCCCACGCAAAUAAAUGUGUACUUCAGAUACAUUAACACAGUUAUCUCCAUCGUGGUGUUUGUGGUGGGGCUGGUGGGCAACGCCACACUGCUGAGGAUUAUACACCAGAACAAGUGCAUGAGGAACGGGCCCAAUGCACUGAUAGCCAGCCUGGCUCUGGGGGAUCUCAUAUACCUCACCAUCGAGAAGCCCAUCAAUGUCUUCAAGCUGCUGGAGUCUCGGUGGCCUUUUGCAGAGAACCUUUUCGGCCUGUUUUUGUGCAAACUGGUCCCGUUUGUGCAGAAAGCUUCAGUGGGCAUCACUGUGCUCAACCUGUGUGCCCUCAGCGUGGACAGGUAUCGCGCUGUGGCCUCUUGGAGCAGAGUCCAGGGAGUGGGGGUCCCUCUCCUCACCGUCAUCGAGAUCGUGUCCAUCUGGCUCUUCUCCCUCUUGCUCGCUGUCCCAGAAGCAGUCGGAUUUGACAUCGUCUCGUUCACCUACCGGAACCAAACCAUACAGACCUGCAUGCUCAAACCCAAGUCGGAGUUCAUGAUGUUCUACAAAGAUGCAAAGGACUGGUGGCUAUUUGGAUUCUACUUCUGCGUGCCGCUGACCUGCACGGCCGUCUUCUACACUCUCAUGACUCUGGAGAUGUUGACCCAUCGGAACGGCAGUCUGCGCAUCGCCCUCAGCGAGCACCUCAAACAGAGGAGGGAGGUGGCCAAGGCCGUCUUCUGCCUGGUUCUGAUAUUUGCCUUGUGCUGGUUCCCUUUGCAUCUGAGUCGGAUUCUCAAGAAGGUGGUGUAUUAUCCCAAUGAUGAGUCGCGCUGUGAAUUGUUCAAUUUCCUUUUGGUUCUGGAUUACGUCGGCAUCAACCUUGCGGCAAUCAACUCCUGCAUCAACCCCAUCAUAUUGUACUUUGUCUCAAAAAAGUUCAAGAACUGUUUCAAGUCCUGUCUCUGCUGCUGGUGCUACUCCGACAGCCAAGUGAGCAGCAUGGGACAAAUGAACGGAACGAGCAUCCAGUGCAAGAGCCCCGAGCCUCACAACCUCCAAACGGACCGCAGCGUGAGAAAAGACAGCGACUGA